AUGAAUAAACUAUUUUUUUUAUGUUUCCUUGUGAUAAUUAUAUAUUCAUUAAGUAUUUAUUAUUGUAAUGAUAACAUUUUAGAAAAUGAAAAUAAUGACGAUUCUACAAAAGAUAUAAAUAAUAUUAAUAAAAAUUCAUCGAAUAAAUCAAAGAGCGAGAAAACAAGUAACUACAAUAAUGAUCAAUAUAAUAUAGACGACGCAUAUAACGAAGACGAAGAGAAUGAUGAUGAAGAAGGAGAUGAUGAUGAAAAUGAUCAUUUCGAAAUCCCAAUAAAUUGCACUGGUGGUAGUAAUUGCUUUGAUUCUAUGGAUGAUAUAAAUAAAAUAAUAGAUAAUAAAAAAAAGAAAAUGAAAUAUCGAAGAAGGAGAGGGAAAGCUAUACAAAUUAUAAAACCAAAUGUAAAUCAUACGGAAUUAAUUAUAAUAGAAGAAAAUUUAGAAAUAUUUAAAAGAAUAGAUAAACCUAUUGCUAUUGUUUCAGUAUUAGGUGAUAUGCAUACAGGGAAAUCUUUUUUACUUAAUUUAUUAAAUGAACAUGUAAUACCAGAUAUUAAUAAAAGUAACAAAUAUAUUGAAAAUGGGUUCAAAGUAGGUAAUGAUAUUACUGCUAGUACUUAUGGUAUAUGGAUAUGGUCUGAACCUAUAAAAAUUAAUGUGAAGAAAUUAAAAAAGAUAUAUGAAUAUAUUAAUGAGAACUUUACAAAUUUUAUAAAAAGUUAUGAAUAUGAAAAAGAUGAAUAUAAUGAAGAAAUUAUUGAUUUAUUAAAUUUAUAUAAAACAGAUGAUUGGAUUUCAAAUGUCCAAGAAUUAAAUUUAUCUGAUACAGAUGAAGUCAAUUUAAUUUUAAUGGAUACACAAGGUUUAAAUAGUCCAAAUGUAAAUAAAAGAUAUGAUGAAAUAUUAUAUGCCCUAACCAAUUUAAUAUCUACAGAUAUAAUUUUUUUAACUAUGAAAAUGAUUAACAAUAAAGAUUUAGAAUUUAUAGAAAACAUAACUAAAGAUGCUAACUUAUUUAUGUUAAGAGCAUAUACUAGAUCGAGUGGUUCUACUUUUUCUAUUAAAAAAAAUAAUUUUCAUAAAAUUUUAGAUACACUUAAUAAUAAUUUAGAAAAUAAUUCUUUAAUAUUAGAGAGUAUUGCUUCUAAAAAUUUAAUGUGGGUUGUACAUGAUUUCAGUCAACGUCUUGAUGUCAGAAAAGGGAAAUUAUGGUUAGAUAUUUUAUUAAAUUCGGAUAGAAGAGAUUUAGAUAUUAAAUAUUGGAAAAAAAUAAUUUCUAAUAAAAGUAAAGAUAAACAUGAUGCAUAUACAACAAAAAAACAAAAAAUAGCUUAUUUAACAUAUAAUGAGAAUUCUAGUUCUGGUCUUUUACCAAAUAAUAAUAAUAAUAAUAAUAUUAGUAAUGAUUCGUCAUCUAAUUAUAAAUUAAAUAUAUUAUAUAAAAAUAUCGAUUGUGUUUUAUUAAGAAAUAUGUAUCACAAUAAAGAAUUUGAUUUUACUAAAGCUAAUAUUAACGAUUUAAAUGAAGAAUAUAAAAAUGAUGUUUUGUUAUUAAGAUAUAAAAUAUAUCUAAGAGCUUUGUUAUUUCCAAAAAAAAUGUAUUCUGAUGUUCAAAUGAAUAAUAUUAUUAAUAAAAUUAGAAAAGAACAAAAAUUAAGAGAGGAACAAGAAAAAAAUAAAGAUAAUAAAAACAAUGAUACAAAUAAUCAGACAAAUGACUUAAAUAGUAAUAAAAACGAAUCAUCAGGGUCACAAGUAACUAAUCGAUUUAUGUCUGGUCAUGAUGUAUAUGAUUUUAUUACCUUUUUAGUAAAGUCUGCAAAUCAAAACUUAUUUACAAAUGUGAAUCAGUUUUUUAAACAUUUUAAAAUUAAUAGAGCAGAAAUAAGUAGAAAUGAUUUAAUAUUUUUAUAUAAAAAAUAUUUAUUACAAUUUAUGGAAAAUGAAGAUGUUGAAUUUAUUAGUAAUUUGAAUGAUGAAAAUGAUGAUUUAUUUUUACAAAAAGAAGGAAAUAAUAUGUCAGUAAAUAAUGAUGAAAACUCAGAUGCAGACUCAUUAUUUAAUGAUGAUGAGAAUAUGCAAUUAAAAGAACAUAACAUAAAAGAUGGAGAAGAUAAUACACACCAAAAAAAAGAUAGUUAUAAAUUACCACCUUUAUUAAAUGAAAUAAAAAAAUAUGAAGAAUUAAUAAGAGAACAAAUUUUGAAUAUAUGGUAUAAAUAUACAGAAAGUGAUUUUCAUGAUGAAGAAGAAAAAGAAUUAAUUAAAGAUAUUGAAAAUAAUUUAUAUGAAAGAUUAGAUCAAAUAAAAAUAGAAAUGUUAGAAUUAGGUGAAAUGAAUAUCAGAAAAUUUUGUAAAAUCGCAUGUGAAGAUGCAUUACAAAUUGUAGUUGAAGAUAUUAAAAUGAAAAGUGAUCAAUAUCCAAUAAAACAAAAAGAUCUUACGACAUUUUUUGAAUCAGUUAGUUAUAAUUUAAUUAAAUAUUUAGAGAAGAAAUUAUCUAAAAAUUCAGAUAAAUUAGAUUUAAUUUAUUAUAAGGAUAAUAUAUGUAGUCCUUUAAUUAAUAAUACAUUUCAAGAAUUUUAUUUUCUAAAAAAAAAAAAUAUUACCUUAAAUGAAAAUAGAUUAAAGUCCUAUUUUUCCAAUGCUGUAGAAAAAGGUAAAGAAGUUUUUGAAGUGUUAGCUGAAAAUACAGAAAAUAUAACUGAAUAUUUUAAAAAUAAAAAUAUGUUUUAUACAGUAUUAGAUAAAUGGACGUCUGAAGCAAUUAAUACAUAUACAUUAACCUUAUCUGAUUUUUCAAAAGAAGAAAAAGAGAUUAAUGAUGAAUAUUUAAGUGUCUUAAAUAAUGAUAUAAAAUUAUUAAAACAGAAAGCUAUGGAAAAAUGGCAUAAUCAUUGUAGAGAUAAAACCAGUGCUUUAUAUAAUAUGCAUAAAAGUAAUUUAAAAAAGAAUUUCUUAGAAAAUUUUAAUUUUCCAUUAGACGAAUUAGUAUUACAAGAUAUUUUUUUAAAUUUAAAAGGUCAAGAGGAAAUGAAAUAUAUGGAUAUAUAUUGUGCAAAUGAAGAUUCAUGGAAUAGUGAAUAUAAGAACUUUUUAAAAUUAACAGAUGAAAUAUUUCAAUUUAUUAAGGAUGAAAAUUUGAAAGCAAUACAAAUAACAUGUCAGCAACCAUUAGAUGAAUUAAAAAAUGGAAUAAAAGGAGAAAUUCAUAAAUAUUAUUUAUGGAGUUCUUUAAAAAGUACAUUAUAUAAUAGAGCAUUAAUAGUACUUUCAAGUAAUAUUGAAAAUAUUUAUAUAAAAAAUCAAAGAGAAAAUAAAAUUCAAUCAAAUUUAGAUGAAAAAUAUAAUAAUAAAAAUAAAAAUUAUAAAAGAAUUUCAAAAGAUUUAAUGAGUAAAGUAAUUAAUAGAUGGUUAAAUAAUGAUAUCUAUAAUGUAUAUUAUCCUAUUAUUAGAAAACAAUUUCUACAUAGAAUUGUAUGUUAUCUAGGUAUAGCUAUAUUAAUAUUUAUUAUAUCAUUAGUUGUAUAUUUCAAGAAAUUCCAUGCUAGCUUCCUUUUCUUAAUUAUAUUAGCAUUAUUUAUGGUAUUUGGAUAUCAACAAAUAUCUAUAUAUGGAAAAACAUUCUUUAGACAUGUAGUAUUUUAUAUGUAUGAAGGAAUAGCUAAUGUUUUUGGAACAGAAGGUGCUAUUAUCGUUUCAAUAUUAUUCAUAUCUGUAACUGCCAUAUAUGUAUAUAAUUAUCAUAUUGUCAAAUUUAAAAACAGAGUUGCAAAAAAUACCAAAAAGUUAUUACAAUCUCAAAAUAUUAUGAAUAUGUCAGGUCAAAACCCAUACAAUGAUUAUAAUCCUUCAUCCAAAAUGAGAAUUUUUAAACCAAACUUUUGGAGAUUUCAAGAUUAUGAUAAAGACCCUAAAUACCAUGCACCUAAUAUGCCUCAUGAUUAUAAAAUGCAUAAUGAUUCAUCUCAAUAUAUGGACCUUAAAAAUAGAUCAAAUCGACCGAACAAAAUGGACGAUUAUACCUCAUUUAACAAUUCAAGUAAAUUUCAGAGAAGAUCAUAUUUGGACUAA